AUGCCAGGAGGUGUGGGUGGUGGUGCGGGAGGCAUGACCGGCUACGGGGGAGGUUUGGGUGGUGCCGCGGCUCCGGGAGGUGGUGGUGGUGGUUCGGGCGGUUUCGGUCCGGGUGGUGCUGGUGCGGGUGCUCCUGGGGGCGGUGCGGCUGGAGCGGGUGGUCCUCCGGGCGUUGGUGGCGUGGGUUCGAUUCCCGCCGGCGGUGCUGGCGCGGGUUCGGGUUUCCCUGCGGGUGCAGCACCCCCGGGCGCGCAGGGCAUGGGCGGAAUGGGCGCAGCGGACGCGGCCGCGCUCGCCAAUAUGAACCUCAUGAUGAUGGCGGGGAUGGGUGGCAUGGGGGGGAUGGGCGGAAUGGGCGCAAUGGGCGGGAUGGGGGGGAUGCAAGGAAUGGCGGGGAUGGGGGGCAUGCCGGGAAUGGGGGGAAUGGCGGGGAUGGGGGGAAUGGGCGGGAUGGGGGGCCCGGGGGGGGCGAUGAUGGGCGCGGGCGGGAUGGGGAUGAUGGGCGGGGGUCCGGGGGCGGGGAUGGGGGGGGGCGCGGGGAUGAUGGGCGGGCGCGCAGGUGCGCGGCAGAUCCCGGUGGUGAAGCUGCGCGGGCUGCCGUUCCGCGUGGAGGAGGGGGACGUGGCGGACUUCUUUGCGGGGCUCGAGAUCGUGGACGUUCUAUUCGUGCGCAAGGAGCAUCGCCUCGUGGGGGAAGCGUUUGUGCUCUUCGCCUCCACUCUCCACUCCGAGCUUGCACUACAGGUGGGUGGGCGCGAGGUGGGCGCGGGAUGGGCGCGGGGGAUGGACGCGGGAUGGGGGCAGGUGGGAUGGGGGCAGGUGGGAUGGGGGCAGGUGGGAUGGGGAAGGUACAUGGAGCGCAACAAGAUGCACUUGGGGCGGCGGUACAUCGAGCGCAACAAGAUGCACAUGGGGCGGCGGCACAUUGAGCGCAACAAGAUGCACAUGGGGCGGCGGUACAUCGAGGUGUUCCGCGCCAAGAAGGCGGAGUUUUACAACGCCAUCGCCAACGAGGUGGCGCAGGACGGGGGGACCUACCACGGCGGGGGCCAAGGUAGGUGGCGUGGGGGAGGGCAAGGUGGGUGGGAUGUGGUGGGUGGGCCAUGGGGGUGGAUGGGCCAUGGGGGUGGAUGGGCCAUGGGGGUGGAUGGGCCAUGGGGGUGGAUGGGCCAUGGGGGUGGAUGGGCCAUGGGGGUGGAUGGGCCAUGGGGGUGGAUGGGCCAUGGGGGAGGAUGGGUUCUCAAAGAUAGAGGGGGGCGGGGGGAGCGGGGGUAUGGGGGCGAGGGCAUGGGCGGGCAUGCACAUGCGGCCUAUGGGGGAGGCGGAGGGGGAGGGGGAGGGGGAGGGCGCGGGGCCGAGGGAGGAAUAGGCCCUGCAGCGCGGGAGUCGAGUAUUGUGAAGAUGAGGGGUUUGCCGUUCUCCGCCACUAGUAAGGACAUUCUCGAAUUCUUUGGCGAGUACCCUCUGGCAGACGCAGCAGUGCAUAUCAUCACCAACAGCAUCGGCCGUCUCACAGGGGAGGCCUUCGUGGAGUUUGGCUCCACAGACGAGGCGAGGGCGGCGCUGGGCAAGGACCGGGAGCGCAUGGGCACGAGAUACAUCGAGCUUUAUUUGUCGUCGCGGGAUGAAGCGACAAGGAUAGCCACGCGGGCGAGCACUCAGAGAUGA